UCUACUCCGUUAAUAAAAGUUAUUUUAGCUAAAAUAGCUAGAUUACCUACCUCUACCAGCAUUGUGGCAGAGGCUCUGGACAGUGGGAGACGGACGACUUAGCUAGCGGUGUCGUGGUAAAGAAGGGAAAUAGUGUUGUUUACACUAAAUCUGUCACAGUUAAAUUAAUCACAAUGUCUAACGAAACUGAAAUUGCAAAUCAAGCUAUGGAGGAGGCGACCACGGAGGAGCAGCAGGAGAUGCAGGAUAAGGUUGUGAGUCCCGAGAAAGCAGAGGAAGCCAAACUAAAGGCUCGGUACCCCCAUCUCGGCACUAAGCCUGGCGGGUCAGACCUGCUGAGGAAAAGGCUACAGAAAGGGCAAAAAUACUUUGAUUCAGGAGAUUAUAAUAUGGCCAAAGCCAAGAUGAAGAAUAAACAGCUUCCAUCAGCCACAGCUGAAAAAACUGAGAUCACUGGAGACCACAUCCCCACACCUCAGGAUCUACCCCAAAGGAAGCCCUCACUGGUUGCCAGUAAACUGGCUGUCUGAUAUGAACCCUGUGGACUUUGUGUCCCUUUACCAUUCCUAGUGUCUUGAGCUUGUUAAUACCCCUUUCUCCAUUUUUCUAUUUUUUCCCUUGCCUCCACCCCACCCCCUUAUUGCCUGUUUAAUUGAUUGGGAAAACAUUUUGAUAAAAUUGAACACUUGUUUGCUGGGUGCUCUCUUAACCUAUUCAUCUGUGGUAUCAAGGUUUUGGCUGUAGAAGUAGAUGUAGCUAUAAAGUCUACUCUCAGGUUUAAACACACUGUAAUCUUGACUUGAACAAACAUUUUUAGGAUUUUAGAUUUUUAAGUACUCACUUCCCUGCAGUGAUUUAUGUGUAUUUUGCUGUUUGAUUGAAAGGCUUGAACAGAUCUCAUUUGUCUAAACUAUGUCUCGUGAAAAGCAGAGGGAUUUUUUGAUUAGCGCUGCUUGCCUCCUGUCUGUGACUUGUGUUAACGGCCUUAAUUGUAUCUGGCACAGUUUCUCCUGGGCAAUAUUUGCCCACUCUGGGUGGGUGGGGGGCAUUUGUGGCUUUGGUCAGGAGCUUGUGCUGAUAUUUCAUCUUCUUUCAUCUCUUAUGUCUUCUAGUUGGUGCAGCAAAUAAUAUUCAAACUGCACAAGCACUUAGUCACAACUGUGCCAUUUGUUUUGUAAAUAAAAUAGUUUUGCACAUAAACUUACAGA